AUGGUGGAAAGAGGACCAGAUCAAUGGCUUGAAGAUAUCAAGAAUUGCAAAUAUCUUCCAGAGAGCGAUAUGAAGAUUCUCUGUGAGAAAGUUAAAGACCUCCUCAUGGAGGAGUCCAAUAUACAACCGGUGAAGUCUCCUGUUACAGUGUGCGGAGAUAUACAUGGGCAAUUUCAUGAUUUAUUAGAAUUGUUUAAAAUUGCAGGAGGAUUCCCUUCGGACUCGAAUUUGAGUACCAAUUAUAUAUUCUUGGGCGAUUACGUAGACAGAGGAUACUUUUCGUUAGAGACGUUCACUCUUAUGAUGAUCUUGAAGGUGAAGUUUUCUCAACAUAUCACCUUAGUUAGGGGUAAUCACGAAUCUCGACAAAUCACUCAGGUUUAUGGAUUUUAUGAAGAAUGCCUCACUAAAUAUGGAUCCACUAUGGUGUGGAAGUACUGUUGUCAGGUGUUUGACUUUCUCACAUUAAGUGCCAUUAUCGAUGGACGUAUCUUAUGCAUACAUGGAGGUCUCUCUCCAGAGAUUCGAAUGCUCGAUCAAAUCAGAGUCCUCAGUAGAGCUCAAGAGGUGCCCCAUGAGGGCGGCUUCUGCGAUUUGGUGUGGUCAGACCCGGAUAAUGUCGAUACUUGGGCAAUCUCACCUCGCGGGGCAGGUUGGCUCUUUGGUGCUAAAGUGGCCCGUGAAUUCAAUCACAUAAACAAUCUUCAACUAAUCGCCCGAGCACACCAGUUGGUAAUGGAAGGUUUUAGGUACCAUUUCCCUGAUAAAGAUGUGGUAACCGUUUGGUCAGCCCCUAAUUAUUGUUAUCGAUGCGGUAAUGUUGCCAGUGUCAUGAAAGUUGAUGAUCAUUUGAAUAUCAAUUUUCAAAUAUUCAGUGCUGUGCCUGAUGACACUCUAAUGAUGAAUCCUUCCAAGACCCAGAAGAAUAAUAACGAGUAUUUCUUAUAA